AUGGAGUCGCUCGGCGAACGUGGCGGCCUGGGGGGCACCAAGCACUUCGAUGAGAAGCAGACCCAGAUCCUGCCACACAAUGCCCGCUCGAGGCGCACGUUUCAACUUCGCGAGGUUCUCGGAAGAGCUAGCGACGAUCAGGUUCCACGGGCGUGGCCGUAUAGACUGCUCUCAUAUCUAUCAAAGACCUGCAGCCGGAAUUGCUUUGAGCGAUUACAGAUGCGCUCUCCUCUUGUCGUAGCGUCUCUUCUUGGCGCGGCGGUGACCUACAAGUGGUUCAAUGGUCUCAAGCAUGGCCUCACUGCAGCCACAGGCUCGUCGGCGCUAUCUGGUUGGGUCAUCUUUGCGACCGGGAUCUUGCUCGCUGGUUGCGGCAUCUGGUUCCAGUUUCCUUCGCUGUGGCUAUUCAUCUGGCAUUGCUUCCUCGCGCCACUCGGAGACCCGAAGGACCAAAAGUCGCGCCUUGACAAGUUCUAUGAGGGCCAGGCUCAAGUAUACGACAAGACGCGAUCGGGACUCCUACGCGGGCGUAAGACCAUGUUGAACAUGAGCGCCGCCCACCUUCGAGUGAUGAGGGAGAAGAAUCCUGCAAAGCGUCUCGUCUGGGUUGAUGUCGGUGGUGGAACAGGCUGGAACAUAGAGGCCAUGGAUGCUUACUUCCCUAUCUCUCAAUUCGACGCAGUAUAUCUAGUCGACCUCUGUCAGCCAUUGCUUGACAUUGCCCAGGCCCGUUUUCGUGCGAGGGGGUGGAAGAACGUCGUAUGUCUCUGCCAGGACGCUUCGACCUUCUGGCUUCCUGAAUGGAGCGAUGGUAUACACCCGAAAGGAAGCGUUGGCUUCGUCACUCUCAGUUACUCGUUGUCCAUGAUACCCUCUUAUCAUACGUUACUUGAUCGCAUCGAUUAUCUUCUCUGCCCUGAGCAAGGUCUCCUGUCUGUUGUGGACUUCUACACUGCAGGGAAGACCCCUUCGCUGCAUGAGAAGGCUAUUGGCGGAGAGUUGAAAAAGUGCGGAUUCUUAUCACGCUGGUUCUGGCAGAUGUGGUUCGAUCUGGAUCAUGUCGACUUAUCUCCUGGGCGUCGCAACUACCUGGAGUACCGCUUCGGCACUGUGAAGUCCUAUAACGGCCGGAACAAGUUUGUCGUACCAUUGAUCGUCCGUAUCCCCUACUAUAUCUGGCUGGGAUGCUCUCGCGCGCGCGACACUGCGAGGUUCAAGCACGCGUUCGAAGUGGAAGGAGGAAACAUUGUUGGGACGCCCCUUCUCUCACCUACGAUUGCACCCGCCUCGCAAUCGACGGAGAUCGGCCAGCUGGAUCUCGGUCCCAGCGCUGUGACUGCUGAUGCGUCUCCGGAUGCCGUCGUAAUCAACAUAUCGCCGCCACUGAGUUCAUUUCACUACCAACUGAAGCAUACAUGGAGAUUACCGUACUUCGAGUCUCCCGUUCACUCUCAAUUCCGUACAUUCAUCUACUCGUUCACGUGGGAGGACCCCGACGUUGACCUUCAACACAUGGAGUUGAGCGAGAACGACUCGGUAUUUUGUAUAGCCAGUGCUGGCGACAACGCCCUCCAUUACGCAAUCAAUGCACGCCCUCAUCGCAUUCACGCCGUGGAUAUGAAUCCAUGCCAAGGUCAUCUGGUCGAACUCAAGCUCGCCGCGCUCAAAGCUCUCCAAUACGACGAGUUCUUUGCUCUGUUCGGAGAAGGCAAGAUGUCCUUGCGCAAGUUCCGUGCAAUCCUAGAUGGCAAGCUCUCGCCGUACCUAUCUUCCGCGGCCUAUCAGUUCUGGAGAAUCAAUGCCACUGCUUUCGAGCGCUCCUUCUACAGGCGAGGAUACUCGGGUUGGGCUCUCCGUCUGGCACGUGUCUUACUGAGGCUUCAUGGCGUCAUGGGGGAAAUGAAGGCCAUGUGCGAAGCGAAGACAAUUGAGGAGCAGGACCGCAUCUGGAAGAACUCACUCCGUAGGAUCUUCGUCGAGAGCUGGCUCGUUCGCGCGAUUGUCAACAACCCUAUCUUCCUCUGGAACGCUCUGGGGGUCCCGCAAAACCAGAAGGAUGCAUUGACCAAUGAAGGUUCUGUCUCCCAGUUCCUCCGUGACACCUUGGAUCCCAUCGGGUCGCACGCACUACUGAGCAAAGGGGCCUACCAUUAUCUCUUGUGCCUUCUUGGUCGUUACACGCCCGAAUCAUGCCCUGAUUACCUGACGCGUCGUGGGUUCGACGUCUUACACGAGAACCAAGACGGCGUUCUUGAUUCUUUCCGCUUGCACACAGAUUCCAUAUUACAAGUACUGACCGGUCUGACACCGGGCUCGAUAACGCGGAUGAUCAUCAUGGACCAUCUGGACUGGUACGAACCUUCCCACGACGAGGCCUUGACCGAGAUUGCGCAGAUGCAUCGCGUUCUGCCAAAGGGCGGAAUGGUGUUCUGGCGAUCGGCGGCGAAGUAUCCGUGGUAUAAUCAGGCAUUCGAGCGCGCCGGCUUCAAGCUGACGCCACUCGGCAUCCGCGAGGGCCCGGAGAAGGCUAUCGACAGAGUGAACAUGUACGCAUCCUUCUGGAGGGCCGAUAAGCUGUAG